UUAUAAUUUGAGUGGCAGUCGGUGGAGAGGUGCAGUGUAACUUUAGACUGGUCCUCCUCGUUUAUUAGUCCGCCAAUCAGAGACCGGCGCUUCCUCCCCCUCCAUUCACACUAGUAUUUAGCAUCAGAGACUAGGAUAAAGUUUCCCAAAAAAAUUAGGAAAAAACUUCCUGCGGGAGGAAAGCCGUGCCAAGCUCUACUUCUGGAAGCGGAGGCGCAGUCUCGGGACUUCGGGAGGACAAACAAACCCCAGAAAAGCGCACGGAUAUAACGGCGAAACCACGGAUUCGAAGGUGGAGAGCGCGUUUUCUCCUCGACCUUCUCGUUUCUUCAAAAAAGAAAUGGAAGAGAGUUCAAGCUCUCCCGUCUCCCCAGCGGACAGCCUGGCGACCAGCGAGGAGGAGUUGGACAGGCAGCAGAAAAGGUUCGGGAGGAAGAGGAGACACAGCAAAAAGUCGAGCGAGGACGGCGGCAGUCCGAGCUCCGUGAAUAAAAGGAGCAAAAAGCCGAGCCCCAGCAGCACUCAGUCGUUCGAGGAGCUCCAGAACCAGCGCGUCCUGGCGAACGUCAGGGAGAGGCAACGGACUCAGUCGCUGAACGAAGCCUUCGCGUCUUUGCGCAAAAUCAUCCCCACGCUCCCCUCGGAUAAACUCAGCAAGAUACAGACGCUCAAGCUCGCCUCCAGGUACAUUGAUUUCCUCUGUCAGGUGCUGCAGAGCGACGAGAUGGACAGCAAGAUGUCGAGCUGCAGCUACGUCGCGCACGAGAGACUCAGUUACGCCUUCUCGGUGUGGAGGAUGGAGGGCGCGUGGUCGAUGUCCGCGUCCCACUAGCGGAGGCGCUCGUCCGUACAAUGCCGAAAGGACUGUUUACUUCCACUAAUUUUGAAGACACCAAAGGAUUUAUUGAUGAACCUCUAAACCUCAAUGACGCGGCCAAAGGACAUUCAGUAGAUACAACUGCAGGCUUGAGCAUCCUCACGAAGGACACAGCGAAAGGACCUUUUUAUAUACUUAGAGGAAACGUAGAUGGCGUCUCCUGUCGUCAAAUACAUUUAAUCUUUUUCACAAGUUAUUCUUAAAUGUCGCCAUGGUGAUAGUACAGGAAGGCCAUCUGUUAUCUGUAUGGAAACUAUAUUGUGUGUUUGUCUCUAAACAGAAUAGUUUUAUAUAUAUAUAUAUAUAUAUAUAUAUAUGUAUAUAUAUAUAUAUAUAUAUAUAUAUAUAUAUAUAUAUAUAUAUAUAUAUAUAUAUAUAUAUAUAUGAACAAAAAGUAUUGUACAUAGGCUACCUGUGAGUAUUGUCAGCUUUUUUAAAGGGACCAAUGCAAUUUAGAGCAAUACUUUCUUGAAGUACGCUGCAUGGAUGAAUGCAUACAUUUGAUUUUUCCUAUGCAACAUUUUUCGAUUCGCGUCCAUUGUACAUUUUUCUUAUUUAUUAAAACGUAUUUUUGAACA